AUGACAUGUAAUGGAAAAAUGGCACCUGCUGACGAUAGCAAUGGGGCUUCUCCUUGGGGUCCGCGGCCUCCUUUGCUGCUGCUGGAGAUGGCGACGGGUGAUCAGCUCCAAGCCGAGGCAGUGGCUCCCCCUUGGUUGUUCAGCCAGGUGUCGGGAAUGUUGUUGGCGCUGUGCACAGGCCAGCUUGGGCUGGGCUGGGUCUUGGGCCAGUGGCUGAGCCAAUAUACUGGGGCCUCCCAGGCAGAUUGCUGGAUCUUGAGCUGGCUUUGCUAUGACAUGCUGGUCCAUGGCACUCUGGAAGGAUCAUUUGUUUACCUGUCUCUGACAGGAAAUGUUGUAAAAUCAGACAACAUAAUUGCUUCACUAUAGAAGGAAUAUGGCAGAACAGAUGCAAGUUGGCUAUACUCUGAUAGUACUAUUGUCCUAGAUGGUCUUUUAGCACUGAUUCUGAUUUAUGCAAUUCUUAAACAAAAACAUUACCAAUACUUCAUGCAAAUUACGUUGUGUAUUUGUGAAUUACAUGGCGGAUGGAUAAAAGAGUGGCUCCUUGGAAGCCCCAACUUAAACACCAGUAACUGGCUUUAUCUAUGGAUCUAUUGUAUUUUUAAUGGUAUAUGGCUAAUUAUCCCUGGAUCAUUAAUGCAGUCUUGAAUAGCACUCAAUAAAAUGCAUCAAGAACUAUCAAACAGCAAAAAAGUAAAUGAUCCAGACAUUGUAAUUAUCCUGAUAGUUGUAGAGACUUAG